UUAGUUCUUUGUGAUAAGCUUAUAUUAGAGUUACUUGAGAAGCGUGAUAAUACAAAAAUUAUCAAAGAUAAAGCAGCAUUAACCUUGGAGGCCGCAUUGUUGUACUCUGAGCAAGGUAAUAUUACAUGCAUGAUGAUUUUAGGUGAUCAUGAGUUAGCGCUAGCUCAAUAUAGCAUACUUCUUGAUAUCUGGAAAGAAAAAAAAGAACCAUUGCAGGUGGCUCUCUCUCACCGUUAUCUUGCUGAGUGCUACCUGGAAUUGAAUUCAUUUAAUGAAGCGAUAAGCCAUACAGGAAUUUACCUGAAUAUAUCAAAACAACUAAAGGAUAAAAUAGAAGAACAACGAGCAUACGUCACGCUGGGCCGCUGCUUUCUGACAAGAGCUAGCCAACUGAAAGAUGGUUCUCAAGUUAAUCUGAGUUUGAAAGCUUCUAAACAAGCCUUUCUGAAUAGCCUAAAGGCAUGCGAAAGUAUAGAUACAUUAGAUCAAUCUAGUCAUGUAAUGAGGGAGCAGCUCAAUCACAAGCAAGCCGAAGAGCACUUUAAACAAUGCAUAAUAAUAUCUAAAAAGUACUCACUUCCUAAGAUUAUCUUGCGAUCUGCCUACCAACUUGGCGAGAUGACCACCUGUUCAUUUGUUACAAUGUCACAUCCGAAUGAGGUCAUCAGUAAUCUAGAGGAGCUUUCAUUAUGUCAAAGCGCUUCGCUUAUCAAGUAG